AUGCUCGGUCGAUUCGAGUCCAUUCUACCAGCGGCCCUCAUUAUUUCUCUCGUCUUUGGAGCUUCCCCUUUCAAGAGGGUCGAAGGGAUGUCCUAUGUCUUCUCUUGGAACCUCUACCUCUCUUCGAUUGCCAUAGGUAUCCUUGCCACCGCCGGAGGAAUCUUUUACAUCCAGAAAUAUUUCUGGAGCUCCCUAUCUAUGGCCACCAUUAUGGACAUUUUAAUAUUUACAUGCUCUAUCUGCACUUGGGUCAUAGUCUUCCUUCUGUAUUUCGUACAGAGACUAGAGCUACCCGCAAUAAUAUCUGAACUUUAUACGACCCAUAGUCGGAUCGGAACCGUCUCAUACGGAAGGAAGUACUUGGUGAGUAUGAUAUUUAUGACAGUUGUAAAUGCUGUACCACAGUUGUACCUAUUGGUGGCAGAGUUCUCUUGGAUGAAAAUUUUGGAAUCGAUGUUAUUUUACUUGUUCUAUAACAUACCUGCCGUUGUCGCUGGUCAGUACUCCGUCCUGUUGAACCUCCUUAGCGACCAAUUGGCCUCCCUUUCCAAGCUCCUCAGCUCUUCCAAGUUCAACCUCGAAGUACAACACUUGGUCGAAAUCCACUACUCCCUCUGCUCGCUUGCUACCCGGAUCAAUAAUGCUUACGAUAUCUUCCUUCUUCAAACUGUGACGCUCCCUUUUAUAGCCGUCAUCAUGAGGACUUACGUGAACAUAAUAUAUGUAGUUAAACCCGGUGAAUACUCAUUUCAGAAGACCAUAGCAUCCGUUCCUGGUCUUGCUGUGAAUUGUAUUAUGAUUGUGAUGGUUGUUUCAGCAGCUAAGAGGGCUAAAAACUGUGUAAAUGAUCGCAUCUACAGCAACAUACGUAAUACUGCUGGUACAGCUGACUUGGUUUCAAUAGUCAACUUGUAUAAGAAUAUGAUAAAGCAGAUAUUAACUUCCGAGUUUAUAACAUUAACGUUUAAUGAGUAACUUAAUGAAGAACUUACGAGUCUGACAAUGAGUACUAUAAUAUCUUUGUUUUUCAGGGGGUAAAAAGUCCAAUGAAAGUGUAAUGAUCAGUUUGUUCAUGGCAGAACAUUUAACUUUAAUUUUAUUACUAAUAAAAAUCAUUAGCAUAGUAUAUUUCUGAUAUGAUAAUAAUUUUUUUUAAAAACUUUUAUUAUGAUAUUUACAACUGCAUUAGUAUGAAUACAUCAAGUAAAUGUGUACAGAGGAAUAAAAUAACAUGAAACACGCUCGUUAAGAAACUACCCAUUGGUAGUACUCAUAAUAAAAUUUAAAAUAAUAUUCUAGAAGUUUAAUGUACGUGAUUUUACAAAUAUAAGUUUUAUUUUUGAUUGGUA